CCACAGACAGUAACACUGUCCCGGAGCCAAUUCAGGACAUGUUGACAGAGUCAGGACACAGUGCCGACUCAUUGCCUCUCUGGCAAAUGGAAAAAGUGCUGAAGGAGGAGCUGGGGGAGAAAUGGAGGGAUCAACUGGCAGACUUUGACCCCCAGCCGCUGGCAGCUGCCUCCAUAGGCCAGGUCCAUUCUGUUGUCCUCCACUCUGGCCAGUGUGCCGCCAUGAAGAUACAGUAUCCAGGUGUGGCUCAGAGUAUUGACAGUGACAUAGACAACCUCAUGGGCAUCUUGAAACUCUGGAACAUACUACCUGAAGGUCUGUUUGUGGAUGAGUUGGUGACAGUGGCAAGGAAGGAGCUGGCCUGGGAGACUGACUACAUCAGAGAGGCCAAAUGUCAGAACAUGUUCAGAGAGCUGUUGGCCAAUGACCCUGGGUACCUGGUACCCGAGGUGUUCCCUGAGCUAUCCACGAAGCGUGUCCUCACCACGGAGCUGAUCCAGGGCCUACCUCUAGACCAGUGUGUCUCCCUUCCGCAGGAGAUCCGCAAUGAUAUAGCAGCCAGAGUGCUGGAUCUAGUAAUGAGGGAACUCUUUGAGUUCAGGUUCAUGCAAACCGACCCAAACUGGAGCAACUUCUUCUACAACCCCGACGACAACAGAAUAUGUCUGCUGGAUUUCGGUGCCAGCCGAGAGUACCCUAAGAUGUUCACUGACCACUACCUGAAGGUGAUCCACGGCUCCAUCAUGGAGGACAGGGACAGAGUAUUGGAGAGUUCAAAGGCCAUGGGUUUCCUGACAGGCUACGAGAGCAAGACUCUACUCGAUGCCCACUACCAAGCCUCGCUCAUUCUCGGAGAGCCUUUCAAACAAGACGCUCCGUUUGACUUUGGUCACCAGGACACGACGGCCAAGAUUCAGCGACUGUUUCCCGUCAUCCUCGGUCACCGCCUGACUCCACCACCCGAUGAGAGCUACUCUCUCCAUCGCAAGUUGUCCGGAGCGUUCUUCCUCUGUACUCGUCUUCAAGCCUCGUUCAACUGCCACACCAUCUACCAGAGGAUCUCUCAACACCACACACUCUCCGACUGA